UUGUGAUCCCGGGAACAUCUUAUCGAACCCGAUAACGCGGGGGCGAAUGUCGCUUGCCUCGAAUGUAUCUGUGCGAAGAAAGCGGGCGUCGGACACGCUGUCUGUUAUCUAUACUUCGCUUCACCCCAGGAUGGUCCGCAGUGGACGCUACGAGCCAUCCCAGCCAAUCAACAGCUGCGAAAUUAUCGCGUAGCUGUCGCGGUGCCUUUCUCCGAAGGUCACGUGCCACUCACAAGGAACUAAAUUGGCUUCGAGCACCCUCCGCAGUGUCCUCCGCGGUCCAUCGUGGUGAAAAGACUAAAGCGCUAGUUCGAGUAGGCGCCGAGUGACGGCUGAGAGUCGAGGAAGAUUGCCAGAGCAGGGACGCUGGGUGUGUCGCAGACAUAACUCUGCGGUGGUUUAUGUUCGGGUCUCCCCGAAAAUCGCGUGAAGAAAACAAAACAUGAUUUGCGUUUUGUUCGAGCAUCCGUUGGCCGCCUGGCUGCUGUUAAUUACGCUGGCGGUGGGGACGUUCCUUGUCUGGCUCAAGUACGCCGACGCUGACCUGCCCUUGGUGUUUCUUUCCAAGUUUGGUCGAUCCCCAGGCGUCCUUAAGGGCAGCGUGGUGUGGAUUACGGGAGCAUCCAGCGGUAUCGGCGAAUCCCUGUCCUAUGAGCUGGCCAGGGCGGGGGCCAAGCUAGCUCUUUCUGGAACCAACACGGAAAGGCUGCGCGCAGUCAAGGACAAGUGCAUAGCUAUGGCAAAGGACACGCAGGUAAUUCUGGUACCCUUCGAUCUAAGCGAUUUCAGCUGCCACGAACGCCAGCUGAAGGCAGUGGUGGACCACUACGAAAGGGUGGACGUGCUGGUGAACAAUGCGGGGCGAGUGACCUUCGAAGAGUUCGAAGAAUUCACUUACGAGGAUGACAGAGCGCUGUUUGACGUGAAUGCGUUCGGCCCCGUUUCUCUGACGCGACUGACCUUGAAGCAUUCGAUGCAACAACAGCGACGACUGCAUGUUGUCGUCAACUCCAGCAUGUCUGCUAUGCAAGGUGGACGUUCCUGCUCGGUGUACGCCGCGACGAAGAGCGCGCUGCAGGGCUACUUCAGCAGCCUGCGGUUGCAGGGAAGGAUGACUGGAGCUGUGGACGUAACUGUCGUCUUCCCGGGGCCAGUCUUAACACCCAUCCAAGGGGACGUGGAAAAACUGAAAAAGUGUCCAGACAUCCGCAUAAUGUCGUCCGAACGCUGUGCCCAACUCAUCGCCGUGGCCAUCGCUAACAAAGUCGACGAAGCGUGGAUCUGCGACAACCCGGUGCUGAUGACUUUCUACUUCUGCCAGUACCUUCCCAAUGUUUUUCAAAGGUUUAUUGCCUGCAUGCUUCCCUGGAACCGAACAGCAUUGAGCAGCAAGAACAAAUGAUGAAAAUAAAACAUACCGGACAAAGACAUUAAAAAAA